AUGAAUAUCUACGUGGAUCGUUACAAGGACUGUGAUCAGACAAACACUUCCUUUGUCACAAACAUGAGUGUCGAGGGUGUGUCGACAUCCUCUACGUGGACCCCCAUGAAUAUCAGCGCUGCUCUGCCCACGGCAGCCUUCUCUCCCGGAGACGGCCCUGUGACUGGACCUCAGGUGAUCAUGGUGCCACUUGUUUUCUUCGUGGUCUUCAUUUCUGGUGUGAUUGGUAACUCCUUAGUCAUUGUUGUGUUAUCCCGGAAAAAAAUGGGCAAAUCUGGCACAACCACAAAUAUUCUCAUUCUCAAUCUAAGCAUGGCAGACCUGGCCUUCCUGUUCCUCUGUGUCCCUUUCCAGGCCACAAUUUACUCCCUUCCUGAGUGGAUUUUUGGGCCCAUCUUAUGCAAGUUGGUUCACUACUUUGCCACAGUCACCAUGCUGGUCAGCAUCUUCACAUUGGUUGCCAUGUCGGCUGAUCGUUACAUUGCAGUUGUGCAUCAUGCCAAGGUGUCCUUGGGACUGCGCAGCCGCAGAAAUGCAGUGUCUGGUAUGGUAAUAGCCUGGCUUCUUUCUCUGGGCAUAGCCAUACCAGUAGCCCAGCACCAGACAUAUGUCACAGGCUACUAUGAGGCACCCAACAGCACUUUCUGCUGGGAGAUAUGGGAGAGUCGCACCCAGAAACAAAGCUACACUGCUGCCAUCCUCAUUUUGGGAUAUCUGCUUCCAUUACUGUUUAUUUCAUGUUGCUAUAUUCAGGUGUUGAGGCAUCUUCAUAAGAAUAUCCGGGUGGUUUCUAAAAAGUCGGAACGCUCCAAACGCAAGACCACACAGACCAUACUUGCAGUGGUGGCCAUCUUUUCACUUUCUUGGUUUCCUCACCACCUUGUCACCAUGUGGGCUAACUUUGGCCAAUUUCCCUUAACCGAUGCCUCCUUUGCCCUCCGGAUUGCUGCCCACUGUCUGGCUUAUGGAAAUUCUUGCGUCAACCCUCUCAUUUAUGCCUUUCUGUCAGAGAACUUUCGUCGGGCUUACCGGGAUGUGUUCAGGUGCUCCUGGCCCAAAACCCGCUCAGUGGGGGAUGUGAACUGUAGGAUAGCUGCUGGGCGGUCUGAAAAUACCGUGACCACAAUGCAUUCCAGCACGAACAUGUGA